UUGGCAAAUAUGGCGUCAGCGUAAACCAAAGCGUAAACCCAGUAUCAAAACGCAAUGUUGUUUUAGUAAUCCUCUCGUAAAAUUGCUUAAAUAUUGAAAAAUUUCAAGGUAUUUAACAACGUUUUCACUCCAGUUGUGUCCGAUGGCUGGCGUUAUGGAAACAGAGGAACAGGCAAGAAACCGUUUUCAGCUGGAGUUGGAGUUUGUUCAGUGUUUAGCGAACCCAAACUACCUGAACUUUUUGGCCCAAAGGGGUUAUUUGAGGGAAAAGCCUUUUGUGAAUUACCUGAAGUAUCUGCUUUAUUGGAAAGAGCCAGAAUAUGCAAAAUUCCUAAAGUAUCCUCAUUGCUUGCACAUGUUAGAGCUGUUGCAGUAUGAGCACUUCCGGAAAGAGCUGGUCAACGCGCAGUGUGCCAAGUUCAUAGACGAGCAGCAGAUCCUGCACUGGCAGCAUUACUCACGCAAGCGCACGCGUCUUCAGCAAGCUCUCGCCGAGCAGCAGCAACAGCAUCAGCAGCCACAGGCUCCACCGCACAGCAACACAACCUCCAAAUGAAGCAAUAGGCAAACUCUUGCUCGCUUUGUCUGUAAAUAGUUACAAGUUUCCAAGUGUUCUUAGUAGGGCAUGGACUUUCAGACUGCUUUCUGUAGGCCCAAAAAUGUUGUGUGUUUGUAACCAACUGGACUGAAAUGUUGAAAUUUAUUGGAAUGGAAGACCAGGGUGAUUAGAUUGAUAUUCAGAUGGAUAACAGUUAACACUUUUUUACUGGAAAAGAAAUUGUGGGUUUAUUUGGAAUAAAAUCUUUCUGUCAGUGAUAUUUACAAAAAA